UUUUGUUGGACCUGGCAACCCUGCUCCGUUCUCUCCUUGACUCCUCCAGUCUGCGCUGAUGGCCGAAGGGGGAGAAAGAAAGGACCUCCUGCUUCGUGUCUUCUCCUGCUUUGGGUAGUCAUCUUGCAACAAGGUUCAAGAAUUUACUUAAACAGAUGCAUAAACAUCUCCAUUAGGAAUUCCUCCCACUGUGCAAAAAAAGGAGUGUAAUUUAAACAUGGUGUCUAAAAGCUCCGGUUCUCAGAAAACAACCCCUGCUUCCACUGGUAAUGAAACAACUAACAGGACGAAACAAACGAGUCAAGUGAAAAAGAAGGAAUCACAUCAGUGCCCUGAAUGCGGGAAGAAUUUAACUACAAAGACUGGUCUCAGAAUACACCGGCGGAUUCACACUGGAGAGAAACCGUAUCAGUGCUCUGAGUGCGGUAUAAGUUUUAAAGCACAGAGUUCCCUUCAAGUACACAAGCGCCUUCACACUGGAGAGAAACCGUAUGAGUGCUCAGACUGCGGGAAGAGCUUCAAUACCAAGGGUAAUCUAAACUUACACGAGCGCGUUCACACUGGAGAGAAACCAUAUAAGUGCUCAGAGUGUGGAAAGUGUUUUAGAGUACAGAGCAGUCUGGAUGAACACCAGUACGUUCACACUGGAGUGAAACCGUAUCCGUGCCUAAAGUGUGACAAGAGCUUUCCUAGAUUAAAUAGUCUUUUAGAUCAUGAGCGUAUUCACACUGGAGAGAAACCGUUUCAGUGCACAGAGUGUGGGAAGAGCUUUACUGUAAAAAGCCAUCUUAAACAACACAUGACUGUUCACACAGGAGAGAAACCGUAUCAGUGUUCAGAGUGCAAGAAGAGCUUUGCUAGGCUAAGCAGACUCCAACAACAUCAGCUCAUUCACACUGGAGAGAAACCGUAUCAGUGUUCAGAGUGCAAGAAGAGCUUCGCUAGGCUACGCAGUCUCCAAAUACAUCAGCGCAUUCACACUGGAGAGAAACCGUUUCACUGCUCAGUGUGUGGACAGAGUUUUAGGGCACAGAGUAAUCUAAUAUCACACCGAAGUACUCACACACAGUUGAGACCUCACGAGUGCUCGGAUUGUGGGAAAUAUUUUAAAGAAGUGCGAGCUCUUAAAAUACACAAGCGCAUUCACACUGGAGAGAAACCGUUUAACUGCACGUUGUGCGGAAAGAGUUUUACCACGCAUUCUAGUCUGAUAUCACACAAGCUCAUUCACACUGGUGAGAAACCGUUUCAGUGCUCGCUGUGCGAGAAGGCUUUUUCUAACAGCAAAGCUCUUAAAAUACACAAACGUAUUCACACUGGGGAGAAGCCGUAUCACUGCUCACAUUGUGACAAGAGUUUUUUGAGGCGGCGUGGUCUACAAUCUCACCAGUACAUUCAUAAAGAAAUCAAACCGCAUCAGUGCACACAGUGUGAAAAGAGUUUUAUAGGAAAGCGUAGUCUCCAAAGACACCAGCACUCUCACACUGGAGAGAGGCCUUAUCACUGCACGGAGUGCGAGAAGACGUUUACUGCAGAGUUUCUCCUUGUACUGCACCAGCGGCGCAUUCACGCCAAAGAGAAAAAAUAUCACUGCGAAGAGUGCGCCAAGAGUUUUACUAAUAAGAAGAUUUUCAAAAACCACCAGCGCCUUCAUAUCAAAGAGAAGAAGUAUCGGUGCUCGGAGUGUGGGAAGAGCUGUACAAAUGUGAGGAAUCUCCAAAAACACCAGAGCCUUCAUGCCAGAGAAAAAAGAAUGCAUCGGUGCUCAGAGUGUGGAGAGAGUUUUACAGUUAAGAGGAAUCUUCUAAAACACCAGCGCCUUCAUACUGAUGCAGAGAGCCAGGAAAGUUCAUCACCAUCAAACGAGAGUUCUGCAGAGGAGUGGGACGAAGACAGAUCUGACUAAAGGACAGAUUCUAGAAACUGCCAAUCCGAGCUCUGCAGUGCCUGGUCCUUUUCACAGCAACAGGGAAGAAAAUGAUAAAAGAGGAAAAACAUCCUGAGAAAGAUCUUCAAAUACCUCUCACUCGUAAAUAUUCUUUAGUUUUUUUUGUUUGUUUUGUAUUCCAGUAGUGAAGGAACGAAAAAUAAUGAAUGGUUUUAUAAGUAUGAUUAUAUAUUUUUAUGCGUUUUCUUUAUAUUUACUCUUUUUUUCCACACUGAAGGUUUUAUUGUAUUCAGUGUAAUAUUUACUUACUGAUUUUGGAUCAGUACAUGUCAGAGACUGUAAAAAAAAGAUGGACGCCGUGUCUCCGUUCCCAGUCAUUCAAUGAAAAUGAAGCUAAAAUCUUCCUCCAUGUUGGCGAUCCUGACACCGAUUCUGCGCAGUAGAGACCAGAGGAGGGAGAAAGACUGUGGAGAGACCGUCUACUCAUUUAAAUAACCCCGCCCCUGAGGGCUGCCUCGAGGUCACAGGCUGCAGGGCGGAGCGGAGCUGACGGUCUGUUAUUGGCACCGCCCAUAACCAGCCCUUUUUCAAUAACCACACCUUUUUUAAAUAGAGCUGAAUAACGUUUUAAAUAACAAAUUCUGUGUGGAUAUAAAAAUUUAACAAUAUAAGUAUAUAUAGAAUAUAUUAGAAAAAAACGUGGUUGAAAGUUCUGUUUUGCCAUUGAAACCUAUGGGGAUGGGUGGAGUUUCACAGCUUUCUGAAACCAAACAGCAGGGGGCGCCUGACCUGUGGUGGCUUCACUUUUGAGAGACGAUGCUCUGUCCAGCUAUAUACAAUCUAUGAUACAUGUCUAUAAUGAUAUAUAAAGGUACUUUUAUAUUUACCCUAUAUAUUUACCUGUUGUAUUUAUCUUCUAUGCAUUUUUGUCACACUUACCUGUGAUAUUUACCUGUUGUACGUACCUGUAAAUCUAUACGUAGUCCUGAAAGGUGGAGCUAGCUCUGUGAUUGGCUGAAUGAAUCAGGUAAAUCCUGGAAGAGACAGUAUAUGAAUUAGAGAAUGUUCGCACUGAAUUGAUGUAAACAGGUAUAGUUUUUACUUUUUCUCUUGUUUUAUUUUUGCAACUCUCUUUUUGAGAUUCACAUUCUUAUUUUUGUAAUUGAAUCUCUUUAUACAUUUUACAACUACAGACACAGGGCAAAUCAACAGGUACAUUUUAAGUUUUUAAGAAUAUUUAUAAA